AUGAGCCAGAGCACCGUGGUGUUGGGCACAGAUGGGAUCGCUUCUGUCCUGCCUGGCAGUGGUGGGGUGACAGAGCAACCGGAGGAAGAUGAAGGGGACGAAAAUAAAGCCCGAGGAAACUGGUCUAGCAAGCUGGACUUCAUCCUCUCCAUGGUGGGUUAUGCAGUUGGGCUGGGAAAUGUCUGGCGGUUCCCGUACCUGGCCUUUAAGAAUGGGGGAGGUGCAUUUCUUAUCCCCUAUUUGACCAUGUUGGCCCUGGCUGGGCUCCCUAUCUUUUUCUUGGAGGUUUCUCUGGGGCAGUUUGCUAGUCAGGGACCUGUGUCUGUUUGGAAAGCCAUCCCCGCCUUGCAAGGCUGUGGCAUUGCUAUGCUAAUUAUCUCUGUCCUAAUAGCCAUAUAUUAUAACAUUAUAUUGUCCUACACACUUUUCUAUCUUUUUGCAUCCCUUGUCCGUGUGUUACCUUGGGCUUCCUGUAACAAUCCAUGGAACACACCAGAUUGUAGAGAUAAAAACAAACUUAUGUUAGAUUCCUGCAUCAUUGGUGACCACCCCAAAUUACAAAUAAAGAACUCUACUUUCUGUAUGAGUGCCUAUCCAAACUUGACAAUGGUAAACUAUACCAGCCAUGCCAACAAAACCUUUGUCAGUGGCAGUGAAGAGUACUUCAAAUACUUUGUGUUGAAGAUUUCUGCAGGAAUUGAAUAUCCGGGUGAAAUUCGGUGGCCUUUGGCACUGUCUCUCUUUCUAGCUUGGGCAAUCGUCUAUGCCUCCCUGGCUAAAGGAAUAAAGACAUCAGGAAAAGUGGUGUACUUUACGGCUACUUUCCCUUACGUAGUGCUUAUCAUCUUACUCAUCAGAGGAGUAACUCUGCCCGGCGCUGGUGCUGGAAUCUGGUACUUCAUCACACCUAAGUGGGAGAAACUGAGUGAUGCUAUGGUAUGGAAAGAUGCUGCCACUCAAAUAUUUUUCUCUCUGUCUGCUGCAUGGGGCGGCCUGAUUACUCUGUCUUCCUAUAAUAAAUUUCAUAACAACCUUUACAGGGACACCUUGAUAGUAACUUGCACCAACAGUGCCACAAGUAUAUUUGCAGGCUUUGUCAUCUUUUCAGUUAUUGGCUUCAUGGCAAAUGAGCUCAAAGUAGACAUUGAAGAUGUUGCAGACCAAGGUCCUGGAAUUGCCUUUGUGGUAUAUCCUGAAGCCUUGACUAGGCUUCCUCUUUCACCAUUCUGGGCUAUAAUCUUCUUCUUGAUGCUUCUAACACUUGGCUUGGAUACCAUGUUUGCCACGAUUGAGACGAUAGUGACGUCAGUUUCAGAUGAGUUCCCAAAGUACUUGCGUACUCACAAGCCCCUGUUCACUCUCGUAUGCUGUGCUGCCUUUUUCAUCAUGGGCUUUCCUAUGAUCACUCAGGGUGGGAUGUACAUGUUGCAGCUCGUGGACACCUAUGCAGCAUCUUACUCUCUUGUUAUAAUAGCCAUCUUUGAACUUGUCGGCAUUUCAUACAUUUAUGGCUUGCAAAGAUUUUGUGAAGACAUAGAGAUGAUGAUUGGAUUCCAGCCAAACAUAUUCUGGAGAGUCUGUUGGGCUUUUGUGACACCGACUAUUUUAACAUUCAUCCUUUCCUUCAGCUUCUACCAGUGGGAACCGAUGACUUACGGCAGCUACCACUAUCCAGGCUGGUCUAUGGUACUAGGAUGGUUGAUGCUGGCUUGUUCUGUUAUCUGGAUACCCAUUAUGUUUGUGAUCAAAAUGCACAUAGCUCCUGGCAAAUUUAUUGAGAGGCUCAAGUUGGUGUGCUCUCCUCAGCCGGAUUGGGGCCCAUUUUUGGCUAAACACCGUGGUAACCGUUAUCAGAAUAUGAUAGACCCACUGGGAACGUCUUCCCUUGGACUUAAGCUGUCACCGAAAGAGUUUGAACUGGGGACACAAUGCUAA